AUGAGGAGAGUGCGUUUCUCUUUCGGCCCCCAAGGAGCGGGAGAACCGGCUGCUGGGGCUUACUCGGCAGCCGACGAGGUUCAGCAGCUCAGGGCUGGACCGGCCGGGACUGGGGCGGAGUGCGACCCCGAGGGUUGCUGGGCAGCGUCGAGACCCGGGGAGCACGGAACGGAGAAAUUGCGAAAACUUUCCGCAAGGGGACGCCAUUUCCAAGUGUCGCAGGCUCCCGACAACAGCGCUCCCUCCUUGGCAGUCACCGUCAGUGAACCACGCCGUGACCUUGGAGAUGAACGCUUGGAUUCCUGGAGCAAGUUUGCUAAGGACUCUAGGAGUUCCCCUCCACCAUAUCUCAGUUUAAUAAAUAAUUUUUUCAAGCCAGAGAAACUAAGAAACUCAGAGACGAGGUUUAAAGAAAAGACAGUGGUGGAAAUGAUGAAGCUGAACAACCAAAUAAAACAAACUCAAAUCCAGCAAGAAUUACUAAUGGAGGAGACCAGGCAGCUGUACGCUGAAAAGUUACUUGUCCAGACUGAAAACAAAUUCUUUCUGGAAUACCUAACCAAGAAAACUGAGGAGUAUGGAGGGCAGCCUGAAAAGCUGUGCAACAACUACUUACAAAAAACUGAGGAGAUUGAACGAAGGAGGCAAGAAUCAGCCUCCAAAUAUGCGAAACAAACUUCAGUGUUUAAAAGGGAGCUCUUGCAGAAGGAAAAGAUCCAGUUCAAUUUAAAGCAGCAGUUGCAGGCACUGAGGAAUGUUUCACUAUUAAAGGAGAAACAGGAGAGAGAAAUACAGAUAUUACAGGAGGAGAAGAAGAAAACCCAAGCUGAGACAGAUGCAAAGAAACAGGAAGUCCAGGUCCAGUUACUCCAGGAAAAAGCAUUCCUGGAGAAACAACUGAGUGAGCCAGACAUGAGGCAGUUGGGAAAGAGAAAAAGAAAGGAGCUUGACAGGAAGGCCCAGGCCUUGGAGCAGGAAGCAAAGCAGUAUACUUUUGAGUUCUACUGCAGCAUCAGGAGAGAGAAUCGGGAGUUAGGGAAGAAAUUACUGCAGCAAACUCAGCAAUGCCAGGAGUUGCAGGCUAUUAAAAGCCAGUUAAAAAGUCAGAAGCAGCAGCUGCAGCAGGAACAGUGGUAUGUGCAGUGCUUAAUCCGGGGGAGGCAACGAUUGCAAAGAAGGCAUAAUUGGUGCCCCAGACAGGAUGCUCCAAAGGCCACAAUAACACCUCCCCUGAGUACUAAACCAAGGAUUAAUCCAAAGCAAUUCCUAAAAUAA